AUGAAGAAUAUUAACAUUAAUUUAAAGAAUUAUGUAAGAAAAUAUUGUAGCAAAACAAAUCCUUUUGAUAAAACAUAUAAAAAAUUAAACAAAACUGGAUAUUUUUAUUAUGAUUUAAAUGAGUUAAAUGAUAGUAGAAUAAAAAAUUUACCAUAUUCCAUUAGGAUAUUACUAGAAUCCGCUGUGCGAAAUUGUGAUAAUUUAAAGGUAACAGAAUCAAAUAUAGAAACAAUAUUAUCAUGGAAGGACAACUGCAAGAAAAAAAAGGAAAUUCCGUUUAUGCCUGCAAGGGUUUUAUUACAAGACUUUACAGGUGUACCAUGUUUAGUUGAUUUGGCAACUAUGAGAGAUACAGCUGAAUUAUUAGGUGGGGAUGCAGAUAGUAUAAAUCCUUUAAUACCUGUAGAUUUAGUUAUUGAUCAUUCAGUCCAAGUAGAUUAUAGUAGAAGUCAUAAGGCUUUAGAAUUAAACGAAAAAAAAGAAUUUGAAAGGAAUUUAGAAAGAUUUAAAUUUCUCAAAUGGGGUAUGAAUUCAUUUCAAAAUGUAUUAAUAUUACCACCUGGAUCAGGUAUAGUCCAUCAAAUAAAUUUGGAAUACUUGGCUCAUUGUGUAUUUAAAAAAAACAAUUUAUUAUAUCCAGAUAGUCUUGUGGGAACAGAUUCUCAUACUACUAUGAUCAAUGGAUUGGGAAUAUUAGGAUGGGGAGUAGGAGGAAUAGAAGCAGAAGCAACAAUGUUAGGAUUGCCUAUUUCUAUGACUCUUCCAGAAGUUGUAGGAAUAAAUGUUGUUGGAAAGUUAUCUAAUUAUUUAUUAAGUACAGAUAUAGUUUUAUAUAUUACUUCAUUUUUAAGAAAAGAAGUUGGUGUUGUUAAUAAAUAUGUAGAAUUUUUUGGUCCUAGUUUAAAAAGUUUAAAAUUAGCAGAUAGAGCAACUAUUGCAAAUAUGGCUCCUGAAUAUGGUGCUACAGUUGGAUUUUUUGGAGUUGAUGAUGCAACUUUAGAAUAUCUUGUACAAACAGGUAGAGAUAAAGAGAAAGUAAACUUAAUACGUGAAUAUUUAAUGGCUAACAGUUUAUUCAACAAUUAUUCAGAUAAUAUUGAAUACACAGAAGUAUACACUUUAGAUUUGUCAAAACUAAGUUUAUCUUUAUCUGGUCCCAAGAGACCUCAUGAUAAUGUCCUAUUGUCUAAUUUACACAAAGAUUUUACUAUGUGUUUAGAAUCUCCAAUUGGUUUUAAGGGAUAUAAUGUUCCAAAAGAAGAAAGAAGUAAAGAAAUUUCUUUUCAAUACAAUGAUAAAACUUACACUUUAACCCAUGGUAGUGUAGUUUUGGCUGCCAUUACAUCUUGUACUAAUACUAGUAAUUCUUCUUCCAUGAUAGCUGCUGGAUUGUUAGCAAAAAAAGCAGUAGAAAUGGGAUUAAAAAGCUUACCAUACAUUAAAAGUUCCUUAUCUCCAGGAUCUAAAAUUGUUCAAAAAUACCUGGAAGCUGGAGGACUUUUAAAUUAUUUGGAGCAAUUAGGAUUUUAUAAUGUUGGUUAUGGAUGUAUGACUUGCAUUGGAAAUAGUGGAAACUUAGAUAAAGAAGUAGAAGAUGUUAUUAAUGAGCAUGAUUUAAUUGUUUCAUCUGUUUUAUCAGGAAACAGAAACUUUGAAGGACGUGUUCAUCCUUUAGUAAAAGCAAAUUAUUUGGCUUCUCCAGUCUUAGUAGUAUUGUUUAGUAUUAUAGGUAAUGUUAAUGUUGAUUUAAGUAACUAUACAUUUAAAUAUAAUGGAAAAACUAUUAAUGCUUUAGAUUUGAUUCCAAAAAAAGAUGAAAUAAAUGAAUAUGAAAGAAAAUAUUUAAAAGCUAAAAUGUAUACUGAUAUAUAUGAAAAUAUAAAAUAUGUAAACAAAUAUUGGAAUGAUAUAAAAAUAAAGAAAGAUAAGUUAUAUGAAUGGGAUGUAAAUUCCACUUAUAUACACAAACCACCAUUUUUUGAAAAUAUGAAAUUGGAGCCAGAAAAAGUUAAAGAUAUUAAAGAUGCACAUGUUUUAUUAUUUCUCGGUGACAGUAUAACUACAGAUCAUAUAUCACCAGCUGGUAUGAUACAUAAAACAUCAGAAGCUUACAAAUUUUUGAAAACAAAGGGAAUAAAAGAUGAAGAUUUAAAUACCUAUGGAUCUAGAAGAGGUAAUGAUGAAGUUAUGAUUAGAGGAACGUUUGCAAAUAUUAGAUUAAUAAAUAAAUUAUGUCCAGAUAAAGGACCAAAUACUAUACAUAUACCAACAAAUGAAUUAAUGUCAGUAUAUAAGGCAGCUAUGAAAUAUAAAGAAGAUAAUGUUGACGUUAUUAUUGUUGCUGGAAAAGAGUAUGGAUGCGGAAGUUCAAGAGAUUGGGCAGCUAAAGGUUCUUAUUUAUUAGGAGUAAAAGCUAUAUUAGCAGAAUCCUUUGAAAGAAUUCAUCGAAGUAAUUUAAUAGGUAUGAGUGUUUUACCUUUACAAUUUUUAAAUAAUGAAAAUGCUAAUUAUUAUAAUAUGGAUGGUACAGAAACCUUUACCAUUUUAUUGAAUGAAGGGAACUUAAAACCACAACAAAAUAUAACAGUUCAAAUGAAUCAGAAAGGAAAAAUUAUUACUUUUGAGGUUUUAUGUAGAAUUGAUACAGAAAUUGAGGUAAAAUAUUUUAAAAAUGGUGGAAUAUUAAAGUAUGUUUUAAGAUCAUUAGUAAAUGAAAAAAAAAAAAUUUGA